AUGCAUCCCCGGCGCAGUGCUCAGGAAGUCCUACUGUGUGACCUCUGUGAAACUGUCCCCCUACAGAGUCACUGUGAACUCUGUAAUAUAAAUCUCUGUGUUAACUGUGCAGUAAAGCAUCUCUCAGACUCGUCUAAAAGACACAAAGUCGUGCCCUUUUUACACAGAAAGUCUACUCCUAACUACCACAAAUGUCCAGACCACGCCGAUAAACACUGCAAACAUUACUGUGAAAAAUGCGACAUUCCUGUCUGUUCUACCUGCGCCUUAUUUGGAAAACACAAAGGUCACGAAAUAUCAGAUAUUCUGGAAAAACUCAGCGCUAAAACAGAAAGUUUACAAAAAGAUCUAGAAGAAUUAGAGAAGAGAAUGUAUCCCCGAUAUGAAAAAAUGGCGUCUGAUGUCGAAACUGAGAAAGCCGAAUUAGAAAUGAAAUACGGGAAACUGACGACAGAUGCCGAUGAACAAGGAGAAAUCCUGCACCGGGAGAUCACCGCCAUUGUCAACCGACGGAAAUCCGCCAUUGCGGAGAUGAAAACUAAACAUCUGGACGCGCUACAUAAAAACACAGAAGAAAUCACACAGAAAAUGGCGGAACUCAAACAGAUCAUGUCCGACUUGAAAUCAAUGCUAAAAUCAAAUGACGUCUCCUGAACCUCUACUUACAAAUCUAGGAAUUCCGAAUUUAGAACAUUACCUCCUAAAGUCCGAGUCACAUUACCGAGUUUCUCUCCUCAGAAAAUAAACAAAGAUCAGCUCAAUGAAAUGUUUGCUUCUCUGCCGCCAUUAUCCAUUAACACAGAACAUGGCGACACAAUGAAGUCAGCAGAAGCUGUAUCGUCUCCUCCAGUCAAACCACUGCUUGAUGAGCCGCGCGUCACCGCCGCCAUAGACACUGGGUAUAACACUGAGUAUAGCUAUCUAUACAGUGUUAGCUGUCUGAGUGAAGAUCAAGUCUGGACAUGCGGGGAUAACGAAACCAUGAAGCUGCUCAACCUCCAGAGUAAACUACUGACAUCAAUACAAACCAAGUCAGGGAACGAACCAGAGGACAUAGCAGUGACACGGGACGGAGAUCUUGUUUAUACUGACUAUCAUGAUAACACUAUAAACUU